AGCAGCAGCAGCAGCAGCAGCAGAACUGCCUGCUGCUUUCUGGAGAUUGGAUGCGAGAGAGAGAGGGGCGAGCCUCCUUCACCGAAGUGGUUCGCGUUUGUUUUGACUUCUCUCUCUCUCUCUCUCUCUCUCUCUCUAUCUCUCUCUGCUAAACGCUGUUUCUUGGCAAUAAAAUAUAUAAAAAAGUGGAGCCCUUCCUCAGAGAAUGUAGGCUGCGGGACUCGCGUUGUUUCCAUCCCUGUUGACUUGCUGCAUUCUUCAGUCCAAAAGUCUUCUUCGUCUGACCGCGGCCACUAGAGGAGGAUGUGAAACGGUCCAGGUCUGGAUCUCAGUCCAACAUGCAGAAGGGAAUACGACUCAACGAUGGCCAUGUCACCUACCUGGGGCUUUUGGCGAAGAAGGAUGGUACGAGACGAGGGUGCCUGAGCAAAAAAAGCUCGGACAACACGAAAUGGCACAGCAAGUGGUUCGCGCUUCUGCAGAAUAUGCUUUUUUACUUCGAGAACGAGUCCAGCUCUCGGCCGUCGGGAUUGUACCUGUUGGAGGGAUGCAUUUGCGACAGGGCGCCUUCUCCCAAACCUUCCCUGUCCGCCAAGGAGUGUUUGGAGAAGCAGUACUACUUCACGGUCAACUUCACCCAUGAAAACCAGAAGGCGCUGGAGUUACGUACAGAAGACGUGAAGGACUGUGACGAAUGGGUGGCGGCGAUAUCACACGCCAGUUACAGAAACCUGGCCACGGAGCACGAGUCCCUCAUGCAGAAGUAUCUCCAUUUGCUUCAGAUCGUGGAGACGGAGAAAACUGUUGCUAAGCAACUUCGACAACAGAUAGAGGACGGGGAAAUCGAGAUUGAGAGACUCAAGUCAGAGAUCGCCGGACUUCUCAAAGAUAACGAGAAGAUUCACGCCAGUCCCGCAGCCGCACCAUCUGAGGACGACUCAGAAAUCAAGAAGAUCAAAAAAGUCCAGAGCUUCCUGCGAGGCUGGAUCUGCAGGAGGAAGUGGAAGACCAUCAUCCAGGACUACAUCCGUUCUCCACAUGCAGAGAGCAUGAGGAAGAGGAACCAGGUGGUGUUCAGCAUGUUGGACUCGGAGGCCGAGUACGUUCAGCAGCUGCACAUUCUGGUCAACAACUUCCUGAGGCCGCUGCGGAUGGCCGCCAGCUCUAAGAAACCGCCCAUCACUCACGAUGACGUCAGCAGCAUUUUCCUCAACAGUGAAACUAUCAUGUUCCUACAUCAGAUAUUUUACCAGGGUCUGAAGGCCAGAAUAGCCAGCUGGCCCACCUUGGUGCUGGCUGACCUCUUCGACAUCCUGCUGCCCAUGCUCAACAUUUACCAGGAGUUUGUGAGGAACCACCAGUACAGCCUGCAGAUAUUGGCUCACUGCAAGCAGAACCGAGACUUCGACAAACUGCUGAAACAGUACGAGGCCAAGCCCGACUGUGAGGAGAGGACUCUGGAGACCUUCCUUACCUACCCCAUGUUUCAGAUCCCUCGCUACAUUCUCACCCUGCAUGAACUCCUGGCCCACACGCCACAUGAACACGUGGAGAGGAACAGUCUGGACUACGCCAAGUCUAAACUGGAAGAACUCUCCAGAAUCAUGCACGAUGAGGUGAGCGAAACAGAGAACAUCAGGAAGAACCUGGCAAUAGAGCGGAUGAUCGUAGAAGGCUGCGAGAUUCUCCUGGACACCAGCCAGACAUUUGUUAGACAAGGGUCUCUUAUCCAGGUGCCGAUGAGCGAGAAAGGUAAGAUCACCCGUGGGCGACUGGGCUCUCUGUCUCUGAAGAAGGAGGGAGAGCGGCAGUGCUUCCUCUUCUCCAAGCAUCUCAUCAUCUGCACCAGAGGUUCAGGAGGGAAGCUGCACCUCACCAAGAACGGCGUGGUCUCUCUCAUAGACUCUACACUGAUGGAGGAUCCUGAAGGAACAGACGAUGAGUCCAAAUCAGAGAAGACCGGUCAGGACCUGGAGCACCUGGACUUCAAGAUCGUUGUGGAGCCGAAGGACAGUCAGUCAUUCACAGUCAUCCUGGUGGCGUCUUCAAGGCAGGAGAAGUCUGCAUGGACCAGUGACAUCAGCCAGUGCAUUGACAACAUCCGGUGCAACGGCCUGAUGAUGAACGCCUUCGAGGAGAACUCCAAAGUCACAGUUCCACAGAUGAUCAAGUCUGACUCCAGUCUGUACUGCGACGACGUGGACAUCCGAUUCAGCAAAAUGAUGAACUCCUGCAAGGUGUUGCAAAUCCGCUACGCCAGCGUGGAGCGUCUGCUGGAGAGGCUGACGGACCUGCGGUUCCUCUCCAUCGACUUCCUCAACACCUUCCUGCACUCUUACCGCGUCUUCACCACGGCCGACGUGGUGCUGGACAAACUCAUCACCAUCUACAAGAAGCCCAUCAGCGCCAUUCCAGCUCGGAAAAGCCGGAGCCUGGUUUCUGUAGGUGUGAGGGAAAACUUGUGUCAUAGCAACUACAUCAGCUCUGUGUUUUCCCUGCCACCCACGCGCCUGUGGUUUAUUCCUCCUUUAUUUAUUUUUGAUUAUGGUUUCUUAGAAUUCUCCCUGUUCUCCUACAACAACGGCAUGGUGAUGUCCACGUGUCGAGAACUGGACAACAACCGCAGUGCCCUGUCGGCAGCCUCUGCCUUCGCGAUAGCCACAGCUGGAGCCAACGAGGGCACGCCAACCAAAGAGAAGUAUCGACGAAUGUCCCUCGCCAGCACCGGUUUCCCGACUGAUCAGAGAAAUGGAGACAAAGAGUUUGUGAUCAGACGAGCAGCGACCAACAGAGUUCUGAAUGUUCUCAGACACUGGGUGUCCAAACACUCACCGGACUUUGAGAGCAACAACGAGCUGAAGACCAAGGUCAUCGCCUUCCUGGAGGAAGUGAUGCAUGACCCUGAGCUGCUGACCCAGGAGAGGAAGGCAGCAGCAAACAUCAUCAGGACUCUAACUCAGGAAGAUCACGGAGACAGUCAGAUCACCCUGGAGGAGGUGACACCGCUGGUUGGAGCAGGAAAGGCCGAGCCCUUUGAGAGUCACUCUGCACUGGAGAUAGCGGAGCAGCUCACCCUGCUGGACCACCUGGUCUUCAAGGUCAUCCCCUACGAAGAAUUCUUUGGUCAAGGAUGGAUGAAAAAUGACAAAAACGAGAAGACACCGUUCAUCAUGAGAACAACCAAGCACUUCAACGACAUAAGUAACCUUAUCGCCACAGAGAUCCUCCGGUGCGACGACGUGGUUCCCAGGGUGACGGUGAUAGAGAAGUGGGUGGCCGUGGCCGACAUCUGCCGCUGUCUCCACAACUACAACGCGGUGCUGGAGAUCACCUCGUCUCUCAACCGCAGUUCUGUCUUUCGCCUCAAGAAGACCUGGCUCAAAGUUUCUAAGCAGACGAAGGCGCUGAUUGACAAGCUGCAGAAGCUGGUCUCCUCAGAGGGGAGGUUCAAAAACCUGAGAGAGGCUCUGAAGAACUGUGACCCCCCCUGUGUCCCGUACCUGGGGAUGUACCUCACCGACCUGGCUUUCAUCGAAGAGGGGACACCGAACUACACCGAAGACAACCUGGUCAACUUCUCCAAGAUGAGGAUGAUUUCCCACAUCAUCAGAGAAAUUAGGCAGUUUCAGCAAACAGCCUACAAGAUCGACCUGCAACCAAAGGUAGCCCAGUAUCUGCUGGACAGGAGCUACGUUCUGGAUGAAGAAAGCAUGUACGAAGCCUCGCUCAGAAUUGAGCCCAAAGUGCCCAACUGAUGAUGACGGUGGUGGUUCACGUUAUUUCCUCUGUUGAUAUUCAAAUCACUAAGCAUACACCCCGACCGCCCCCCCGCCCCAGACUUUUCUAUAGUUGUACAUGUUGGAGAAAUGCCCUCUUCUGUACAGUUGAUGUUUUUCCUCGUUUGUAACCAUCGUUUGACACCAAACCACCUGCUUUAAGCAUUUACUCAGAUGUUUCGUUGGAGUUUUUGGAAAAGCAUAAUAACAGAGGUCACUGUGUUUGCGCCCAGAUGUGUUUUCACCGUGACCAAUGACAUUAUUUUGCCUCUUCAUUAUCAUCAUACUGUGUCCACUUUGCACUUUCUGGGCACUGGUGCAGCCAGUGCCGUGGAUUUUGACGCAUUGUUCAGUCACUUUUAUGGAUGACUGAAUUCCUCUGCAAACAAUGUAGCAAUGUAAAAAAAAAAAUGUAACUGCAUCAAAUCAGGUAAAAAGAGCACAGAUUAUAUAAGUGUAUCAGAAGCUGUGUGACAAUUAUCAGUGGAAGUCAGCGAGCAAAACGGUCUCUGUGCUUCUCCAAACCAAAACAGUAGUGAUUCCUGUUUCCAUUUGUGCUCACAGAGGUUCCCAACCACAACAUGGACUGAGGACAGUGGUGGUAGUGCAGAAACUCAUUUUCACCCACCAGCCAUGAAGUCAGAGGGUUGAAAAAAAGGUCAGGAUGCCGACUCCAGCCUUGUUACCUCACAUGUUCUGAACUUUGACGAGCCUGAAAUAACAACAGCGCGUCUCUCAGGCUGCUCUCAGCCACAGCAAUAGUUUCAAAUAUAAUGUUUCAUUCCAGUGUGCCGACAGGAUCACGCAGACCACGCUAACGCGUUAGCCGGGUUUGUUUGUGAUGCUCAGCAUCUUACGUCACAUGCUGUCAUUUGCUGUUUAGCAAUAAACCGAAAGGCUGGAAGAGGCAGGUACUGUACGGACGUCACCCUGAAAACAUUCCCCCAGCGGCUCAUCUGUCUGUUCCCGACGACAUGCUCGUACGGAGAACAAAAUGUGAGGGGAAGCUAGGGAUGUGUAGUGGCAAGAAUCUGGCGAUACAAUACGUAGCACGAUACAACGAAACGAUAAAGUAAUGAUUGGAAUGUUUUUGGAAACACUUAGAAGUCCAAAUGAAACAGAAGAGUUUCAUUCAUUCACAUAUUGUCUAAAUUGUCUACUGUAUUUUCCAGACUAUAAGUUGCACCGGAGUAUAAGUCGCACCAGUGCCCUCUAGCGGCUGUCAGUGUGAAAAUAACAAACGUGAAAUUAUGUACUUUAGUCGGAAACCCAGCAAAAGGAUAAAAAAUUGCAACUUAUAGUCAGGAAAAUACGGUAUAUGAAAACUGAGUUGAAGUCUAGGU